AAAUAGCAGGAUGACCCAUAAGAUGAGUUCUCUGGUGCGGAUCGUUUUGAUCCUACAUUUAACUACGGAAAUCCAUUCCAGGUUUGAGUUUACGAACGUCAAGUUUACAUCGUUGGAUAAGAAAUUCGGGGAGGUUGACUACUGCUAUCUGAAAUCGGUGAAUCGGACUUAUAAAUAUCUGUCCAUGAAAUUUAAGCUUUAUCAACUUCCGGUUAACAAUCUAAAAUUAAAUUUAGUGUUGAUGAAGAGAUUCAACGGAUACAAGCCUUUCCUCUACAACAUUACUGUCAACGCCUGCAAAUUUUUUGCCAAUCCCAAGUCCAGUCCUGUGGCCAAUUUCUUCUAUGAAUCGUUUGUGACCUUCUCCAAUUUGAACCAUUCAUGUCCCUACAAUCAUGACAUUAUUGUGGAUAAGGUUCCUGUUGAAUUUAUCAAUCACCGAUUCACACAGAUUCUGCAAUUUCCCGAGGGCGAUUAUCUCUUUGAUGCAUAUUGGUCUAGCUCGGGAUCUCCCUUUGCUGUGGUCAAAAUUUAUGGCACCCUUUCUUAA